GGAGCCCGGGAGCAGAAUGAGUCUGGAUCAGGGGUCUGAGAGCGGAGCAGACUCUCUCCGUCUCCCGAUGGAGCUCAGAGCUGUGGUGUUCGGGGGGAAGUUUGCCGGGAAGACCACGCUGAUUAAUGCCGUAUUUGGAAAGGGUUUCCUGCUGACAAAGAAGAGGACUGCUCAGUGUGAGAAGGUACAGGGAAAUGUGUGUGGAAGAAAGCUGACGUUGGUUGACACUCCAGGCUGGUGGAAACAUUUUCCAUUGAGCGACACUGCAAACUUUCUGAAAAAGGAGCUUGUUCAAGGAGUUUCUUUUUGCAAGCCAGGACCCCACGCGAUCCUAUUGGUCAUCGAGAUCGACAUUCCAUUCACAGAGAAGCACAGGACAGCUGCAGUGGACCACCUUGCACUCCUCGGUGACCAGAUCUGGACACAGACUCUUGUGCUGUUCACUAGAAGCCGCUCUCUGGGGAACAGAACUAUUGAGGAGCACAUUGAAAAAGAGGGAGAAGCUCUAAAGUGGCUGAUAGAGAGAUGUGGCAACAGAUAUCAUGUCUUUGACAGUACAGUCUUAGACAAUACAUCUCAGGUGAAACAGCUGCUGGAGAAGAUUGAGGGCAUGGUGCAAAUAAAUGAUGGUGCUCAUUUCCAAAUUGAGACAAAGAUACUGGAGGAGGCUGCAGAGUGGAAGACAACUGUGAUGACCAGAGCAGAGUCCAGAAAGAGAAAACAACAAGAACGACUUGACAAAGAGGAGCUGAGAAUUGCGUUGCUGGGUUGGGUGGUUGCUGGGAAGAGUUCAGCUGGAAAUACCAUCCUUAACAAAAAAGUGUUUGUUACUGAUCAAAGUACUCUUAAAUGUCAAAGUGGACAUGGGGAAGUGGAUGGAAGAUCAGUAACUGUGCUCGAUACACCCAGCUGGUUUAAGUACUUUCCUGCUCAGUACACGCCAGCAUGGAUAAAGUCUGGAAUUUUUAAUGGUGUAUGUCAGACUCUCACCCCCCCGCAUUGCAUACUUCUAGUGAUUCCUGCAGAUACAUCAUUCCACGAGGAACAGAGAAAAGUCAUUGAAGAGAAUAUGAGCUUACUUGGAGAGCAGGUGUGGAAACACACCAUUUUACUUUUCACAUCAGGUGACAUACUUGGAGACGUGACCAUAGAGCAGCACAUUGAGAGUGAAGGUGAAGCUCUGCAGUGGGUGGUCGAGAAAUGUGAGAACAGAUAUCACAUCUUCAACAAUGAGGAGAGAGAGAAUCGUGUUCAGGUUACGGAGCUGCUCCAGAAGAUUGAUCAGAUGAUGGCUCAAAACAGUUCAUUCCAACCGAAUACUGACACGACUGGUGGAAUUCAGACAAAGCAAGAAGAACAUGCACAAAUAGAGACUACUGAUGAAUAUAACCUACAGGAUAUUGUCCAAUUCGUGGAUGAGGAAUGGAGAAGAAGGGACAAGGAGCUUUGGAAAAGGGUUUCAAAGGUGAUGAAGGACAUAAAGGCACAAAGGGGAAGUAUGGAUUUCCCUCUUGACCUGAGUGAGACGAGAUUAAACACAGAGACAGAAGACCACACUGAUGAGAAAGUGUCUCAAACAGAGGCAACAGAGUUCUGCUAUGUAGGAGCAGUUCAGGAUGAGGCUAAAAGCAGCCUGAAACUCAAGGAUCACAUUAAAGAGAUGCUUGAUCGGGAGUGGAGCAGACGAGAAGAGGCAGUGAUGGGAAGAUUUCUGGAAAUGUUGAGCGAGCUCAGACAUGUAGGCGAAACGUGUUUAAACACUGAGACAGGGGACAGCGUUGAUGAGGAAGUGACUCAAACAGAGUCCUGCAAUGUAGGAACGGUUCAGGAUGAGGCUGAAAGCAGCCUGACACUGAAGGAUCAGAUUAAAGAGAUGCUUGAUCGAGACUGGAGCAGACGAGAAGAGACACUGAUGGGGAGAUUUCUGGAUAUAUUGAGCAAUCAGGCAUGGGAGAUCCAGUCUGAUCCAACUGACGAUGACAAAGAAAGAGCCCAAACCAAAGUCUCGCAGUGGUUACAGAAGUACUCUGAAGGAUAUUCGUCGGCUUCAAGCAGUGUUCAGUCACACAACUGACGUUUCGGGGACCUUUUUUGACCAGAUUAAUCACGACUACCAUAACGAAACGUGUAAUCAAUCCUGCUGUACUGUGUUUCUGUAAUUUAAAGGGGAAUUCCAAUUUUCUGAUUGAUUUAGACUUUGAGACAUAAACAGUCAUUCAGAGUGAUUCUCUGUCAAGAGUCACAUUUCCUUACAGUGCUGUCAGAUUUGUUUACAGGGGUCAGCAUGACUCAGCACAAAUAUAACCAGUUUAUUCACCAUGUAAAAUUACCACUGAACCUACACGAUUCUUCUGAGUUUUAUGUGGAAUAUUUAUGCUAAAACUGACAAUCUGAAAAAUCUGCUUUUUUUGGGGCUUAUUUUGCCUCACAACACCCUUCAUGUAUCCCUUCACCAUGAAUGGAUUAAAGGGGACCUAUUGUGCUUUUCCGGGUUUUCUCCAGAAACCUUAGACCUACAGCAGAGCAGAUGGGCAGACGUCUCACGCUGUGCUUGUUUUGGCCAGCAGAGGGCGAAGCUACUGUCUACUAACCACUUCUACUCUCUCGCCUAGUUUUAAAUAAGGCUGCUGUGUAAAACUCCAAAAGCUCACAAGUGUCCAGUGAGUCCAGGGGUUAAAGCAGGGGUGGAGUUAUGGGACUGAAUGGCACCACCAGGUGAUUGGUGGGCUCUGAUUUGUACAGGCAGACAUAUGACUUAUGGCAUAUGCUGUCUGUCCAGCUGCCUAGGGUUUGGAUACUGGGGCUACAGCUGCAGGCUCGCUUUUUACUGCCCGAGUGUUUAAUGUGGAUUUAAAUUAUGGGCUUAAUAUCUCAAACUUUCAUAAAUGUAUAAAUAAACAAACUGUGCUGAA